GACGAUUUUGUAACGUAUUUGAAAAACAGCCGUGACAUACAAACAAAAUUAAUUGACCACACUCUAGUAGUGCACUGCUGGCUCCUGCAGUCUUCACCUCAUCGGCGACUUCUUGUAUCGGGCAUAGAAGGGAGACACGUCAAGGGGAAUAGCUUUAUAUUCAUCGAGCCAGUACUACGUUGGCUUGGAUGCGAGGUUAGGUUGUCACGAAUUAGUAUGUCGGCAACCCAGCAAACUUGCGACCUCUGCCACCAACCGGCGCAGAUAGCCUGUCCGUGCACGAAUCGUGCGUUCUGCAGUCGAGAAUGCCAGAGCAUAGAUUGGCUAGAAGGUCAUUACGCAAAAUGCGCGGGCCCCCCGGAGCCGCAGUUAGCGUUCCGGCCAACUGGUGACGAGGGGAUGGUUGCUCAAUCGCAACAACCGCAAAACAAGCGGCCAUCUGGAAGCGAAGCUAUAAGUUCUCAUUCAUCGAAUCCACGAGACCAAUUCAACAACGAUGAUAUGAGACCGCAACUAGCAGGAUACAGAAAUAAGGGUUAUACGCGUGUUGCGAGGACUGAAGAGGGCGUGGGAGCCUCUAGCGUAAGUGCGUAUCGGCCUUUGCGCAAACGAACAAAGCUGCAAAGCACUUCAAGUGCGGGAGAAAUCGAAAAUCAGCACACAAUUCAGAACGGUGCAUCGAUCAGUACGGUCGGCGACAUGCCUAAUGACAGCGAUCCAGAGGCCGUCAUGACUUACUUAGAAGCAAGUAUGAACGAUUUUGGCGACGGAGAGUUCGUGUGCAGCUAUCCAGACUGCAGCGAGACAUUCCCCACUGGCAAUCUUUUAGCAGAACACCUCAGUGUGCACGUGAGCCUUAAGCCAUUUGUUUGCAAAUGGGAGGGGUGUGACAAGCGGUAUGCUCAGAACAAUAGUCUGGAAUAUCAUUUGCGAACGCACUUGGCCAAGAAACCGUUUGCUUGCACUUGGAGUGGGUGUGCUAAGACUUACGCUCAGGCGAACACACUAUUGAGUCACCUUAAGGUGCACUCAGGGCUGAACCCCUAUCCUUGUACGUGGAUCGGUUGUGAGAAAAAAUUCGCACAUGUCAACGAACUAGAAGUCCAUCGGAAGAAGCACACUGGGGACAAGCCUUACCUGUGCUCUUGGAAAGGGUGCGAUAAGCGUUAUGCACACAGUAAUGGACUUGGCUACCAUUUGAAAACGCACGCUGGUGAGAAGCCCUAUGCUUGUCCAAUAGAGGGCUGCGAUAAGCGGUAUGCGCAAAGCAAUGGGCUCGACUAUCAUCUGCGCACGCAUACCGGGGAGAAACCAUUCCCGUGCCCCUGGGAGGGAUGUGAUAAAAGGUAUACACAGGGCAACGGAUUAGAUUACCAUCUGCGGACGCAUACAGGCGAACGACCGUACGCGUGUACAUAUGUAGGAUGCCACCGUCGAUUUGGCCAAAAAAGCACACUCAACGACCACCAACGGACGCACACUAAGAAUAGUCCAUAUAUAUGCAAUUGGAAUGGAUGUGAUAGACGUUUCCAGACUUCUAACGAGCACGAACAGCACGUGGCAGAGCACCUGCAGCUUCAGGGUGACGGGGGUAGCCUGGCAUGUUCUCAAAGGGGCUGCAGUUUGCAUUUCCAAACCCGCCAACAGCUUGCAAGUCACUUGUUAAUGCAUAAUAGAACAACUGAUUCUCAACCUUCCUUGAAUAGUAAGGAUUAAAACGUUACAGCAGAUCGUUUCGAUGAGUUCUUCUCGGAAGACAUUUCUUUGUCCGGGGAAAAAAGCGAGGCCGUGGUUCCUAGUAGCCACUGUUUGCUGGUGAAUAAUAUGCACUCAAUAUAUACACAACACACAAUAGCCCAGCCGGCAGAAAAUUAUCGAAGGUGCUGCAUGCGCAGUAUUGCUGUCUUAAAAAACCAUUGGAGACAACUUAUAUCUUCAAACUUCUCUGCACACUUGGCAGACAUUACAGGGAGCAAAUCGACAACGAGCUCGCUACGUGCCAAAUGACCGCCACUAAUAUAUACGGAAUGAAUAAAAUUCAAAACUAUUACCAAACGUCCUCGAUACAUCCUCCGAUAUUGCUGCUUGAGUAUGAUAGUCUGAUUGUAAUUGUUAGCAGUCGAUUCAGCGCAAUCUUCAACGUUGUUCAGAUACUGACCAUACGCUCUACGCUAAGUGAUAUAAAAACUACAGAAAUGAAAUCUCGGC